AUGCAAGACGAGCUAAUCGAUCACGUGGAGUAUUUCUGUUACUAUCCUGGCAAUGUCUCCUGCACAAAAGAAGUUCGAACGCCUUCUGUGUCACUGCUGCUUUACAUUCUAGCGGGCGUUUUGGUAGCAGUAACAUUUUGUGGAAAUUUAGUGGUAAUUAUUUCUAUAUCUCAUUUCAGUCAACUUCAUACACCAACCAAUCUCUUAGUACUUUCUUUGGCCGUUGCAGAUUUUUUUGUUGGUGUUUUAAUUAUGCCCAUCAUCAUGAUUCAGUCCAUAGAAACAUGCUGGUACUUUGGUGAAGUAUUUUGCUUUAUAUAUACAUUCUUCCUUGCUCUUUUAGCUACAGCUUCAAUUAUUCAUUUGGCUGUGAUUGCUAUUGACCGCUACAUCGCUAUUUGCCAUCCAUUAAUUUAUUCGAAUAAAAUAACGGUUCAGAUCGGCGCUCUGGCUGUUGCAGCAAUCUGGAUUUCAAGCGCCACAUAUAGUGGUACAAUUAUGCUUUCUGGUGGAAAUACUGAAGGAGUUUUUGGAGUAGACCCUUGUCCAGGUGACUGUGCUCUAGUGUUCAAUUCUACAUGGGCUACGAUAGAUCUUAUAUAUUCGUUUCUUUUACCUUUUUUUAUAAUGGCAACUCUUUAUGCGAAGAUUUUUCUAACUGCAAAAAGGCAUGCAAAAACAAUCAAUACUCAGCAAAAGAUCUCUGCAGAAAAGAACAAGAAUAUUUCUAAAAAAUCAGAAAGAAAGGCAGCAAAAACGUUAGGUAUAGUGGUCACUGUUUUUAUUCUGUGUUGGCUACCAUUCUACGUGUGUUCUCUCCUUAACCAGUUCAUGAAUUUUGCGGUACCUUCUGUAGUAGCCUGGGCGUGCUUAUGGAUAGGAUAUGUUAACUCUGGUCUUAAUCCAAUCAUAUAUGCUCUCUUUUACCCCUGGUUUAGAAAAUCAUUUAAACUUUUAAUAACGUGUAAAAUAUGCAAUUCGGGAUCAUCACUGAUCAGUUUAAUGAGUGAGCAUUAA